ACUCUUAUUCCCUAAUCUGCUGAAACACAUCUUGUGAUUUAUCUCCCACACAAUGCUCCAGGGACGAGGCGAUGAGUUUGGGGUUCAACCUUUUUUUAAUAAAAUCCUAAAUGGCUGUUCCCUAGUUUUAAAGAUUGAUUAGUACUUUCACAGACGCAUGUACCUUAUCCGGUACUCUCACUGACGCAUUCUGGCUGAAGCAUAGCCCUCAUCUCCCGCCCGCCGAUUUUCCAUCCUGCAUGUGCAAAACUUCACCUUUCUCCGAACACAGUAAAAUGCAGAUGCCGGCGCCCAUUCGAUCCCCGACAUGGUUUUCUAGACGAAGACUUUUCGAACAAAAACUCGCUGACCUCCACAAAUGCAAAGACUUGAAUCAACUGAAGCAAGUCCAUGCUCUUAUAUACAAAUACAAUCUUCAGAGAGACCCCUUUGUUGCGCCUAAACUCGUCUCCGCUUUCUCUUUAUGCCGACGAAUGGCACUAGCCAUUAGUGUUUUUAAUCAAGUAGAGUAUCCAAAUGUUCAUUUGUACAACACGUUGAUCAGGGCCCAUGUUCAGAAUUCGCAGCCCGAAAAAUCAUUUGAGAUUUACUGUGAAAUGCAAAAUUCUGGGGUUUUGCCGGAUAAUUUCACAUUCCUUUUUCUUUUGAAGGCCUGUUCGGGGAAAGAUUGGUUGGAAUUAGUUAGAAUGAUUCAUGCCCAUGUCGAAAAAUGUAGUCUUUAUUCUGAUAUAUUCGUGCCCAAUUCAUUAAUUGAUGCGUACUCUAAGUGCGGAUUGAUGGGUAUUAGAGCAGCCAAGAAGGUGUAUAAUGCAAUGGAGGAGAGGGAUGUGGUUACUUAUAAUUCGAUGAUUAGUGGGUUGAUGAAAGCUGGAGAGUUGACGGAGGCAAGAAAGAUGUUUGAUGAAAUGCCUGAGAGAGAUAGGGUGAGCUGGAACACUAUUUUGGACGGGUAUGUAAAGGCCGGGGAGAUGAAUGUUGCAUUUGAGCUCUUUGAAAAAAUUCCAUUGAGGGAUGUCGUCUCAUGGUCUACACUGGUUUCGGGUUAUGUUAAAGCAGGGGAUGUGGAAACGGCUAGAAUCAUUUUUGAUAAAAUGCCAGUGAAGAAUUUGAUUACCUGGACAAUAAUAAUAUCUGGGUAUGCCGAAAUGGGACUUGCAAAGGAGGCAAUACGGUUGUAUGAUCAAAUGGAGGGGGCAGGAUUGAAACCAGAUGAUGGGGCAUUUGUUAGUAUUUUAUCUGCCAGUGCAGGGUCUGGGUUGCUUGGGUUAGGAAAGAGAGUUCACAAAUCUAUCGUGAAGGGUAAUUAUAAAUGCAGUACUUCAGUAUCUAAUGCUUUAAUAGAUAUGUAUGCCAAAUGCGGGAGCUUGAACAAGGCGUCAAAUAUUUUUGAUGUGAUGGUAAGAAAAGAUUUAGUUUCUUGGAAUGUCAUGAUCCAUGCGUUGGCCAUGCAUGGACACGGACACAAAGCUCUUCAAUUUUUUGAUAGGAUGAAACGAGAAGGAUUUACACCUGAUAAAGUGACUUUUGUUGCUGUAUUGUCUGCUUGUAGUCAUGCAGGUUUAGUUGAUGAGGGGGUUAGUUAUUUCUAUUCCAUGGAAAGAGAUUAUAGAAUUGUUCCCGAGAUCGAACACUACGGUUGUACGAUUGACCUUUUGGGUCGUGGGGGCCGUCUUAAGGAAGCUCUUUCGCUUGUACAUAACAUGCCAUUUGAGCCAAAUGUGGUUAUUUGGAGUGCCCUUCUAGGGGCUUGCCGGAUGCACAAUGCUAUGGAAAUUGCUGAGGAGUUGCUUAACCGGUUGGUGAAAUUAGAGUCGACUGAUGCAGGAAGCUGUUCUAUGCUGUCAAAUAUAUAUGCCAUGGCAGGGAAUUGGGGAAGUGUUGCUAACGCAAGAUUGCAAACGAAGAAGACGAACAGCCAGAAGGUAUCUGGGGCCAGUUCAAUUGAGUUGGAUGAUGGAUUUCAUGAAUUCAGUGUGAUGGAUACAUCUCACCCUAAAUCAGAUACAAUAUAUCAGACAAUCAAUGGACUGAGUCAGAAUCUUAAGAAAGUUGUUUCUGCCCCCUUAUGCUAGAACUGUGUUACAAAUAGAGAUUUGAGAAUGAUUCCAAUUAUCAGUCUUUUCAAGGUGGCAGAAGCUCUCGAGUGUGGAGAAGAAAGUCGUUGCACGAACUUCUCCACCACCCUUUUGCAGGUUUGAUUCACCUGUUACUCCACUCCUACUGAAGGGGAAUUGAAGCCAUUGUUCAUAUUUGUAUGAUAGGUUUCUAACACAUUGCAAAUAGUUUAUUGUAAUGGAUCUAAUUCAAGUGUCCAUAGAUAAGAAGGGAAAAUUAUUGUUCACAAAGUCUAUACUGGAAUUGAUGUAUCUUCAUGUAAAAAUCAAUGACAUUUUUCGAAUCUGUCGUUUGCCUCACAUUGAUUAUCUGCCA